AUGGAAAAAGAUGGUGUCAUUGAGAGGAUUUCUUCUGCUGUUACUGCUGCCCCUAUUGUUACGGUGGGGAAAAAGGACGGUGAUGAAGUUCGAGUUUGUGGUGAUUUCAGUGUUACUUAUAAUGCAUGUGCUGAAGUUGAGACUUACCCAAUGCCUAAAAUAGAAGAUAUGCAUUCUGCAUUGAGGGUCUGUCAAGUAUUCAGUGUAUUAGACCUGAAGCAAGCUUAUCAUCAAAAUCCCAUUUCAACUGAGUCUCAAAAGUAUCUUACUAUCAACACCCAUCUGGGUUUCUUUGCUUUUAAAAGAUUGCCUAACGGGAUUCAUCCAGGUCCUGCUAUAUUUCAGAGAAUUAUGGAUGGGUUAUUAGCAGAUAUUCCGAAAGCUGUUAGCAGAUUGGAUGACAUUCUUAUUGCUGGAACUGAUUAUGAAGAUCAUCUGAAUACUUUGUCCCAAGUGCUAGAAAGAUUGCUUAAGUUUGGUUUCAAGUUAAACAAAUCUAAGUGCAAAUUUCUCCAGUCUUCUGUGGUGUACCUAGGUCAUCUAAUCGAUAGUGCUGGCCUCCAUCCAACUGAAGACAAACUGGCAGCUGUGCGUGAUUCCCCCUCCCUCCAAAGGAUGCUACGGCUCUUAAUUCUUUCCUAGGACUUAUGAUGUUUUACUCACGAUUUAUGCCACACCAUUCCACUGUAUUAGCACCGCUGAAUAAUCUGCUUAAGAAGAAUGUACCUUGGAAGUGGACUAAAUCAGAAGACGCAGCUUUCAAAGCAGCUAAAAAUCUUUUACUAAAUUCGAGAACACUAGUACAUUAUAAUGAAUCAUUGCCUCUUGUUCUAUCAUGUGAUGCUUCUUCUUAUGGUGCAGGAGCGGUAUUGUCACAUGUUAUUAAUGGGAAACACCAACUGAUAGCAUUGCAUCAUGUACAUUAACUGCGGCCCAACGAAAUGAUUCACAGCUUGAGAAGGAAACUUUCAGUAUAAUAUUUGGACUUAAACAAUUUCAUCAAUAUCUCUGUGAUAAUUCAUUUAUUAUCCUAACUGAUCAUCGCCCACUCCUUACAUUGUUGGGACCACAUUAUUCUGUUCCAGCCCACACGGCUUCACGACUACAAAGAUGGGCACUUAUCCUAGCCUCAUACCAUUACAAGAUUGAGUACCGAAGUACACCUGCACAUGCUGACGCUGACAGCAUGUCCCGUCUACCUUUACCACAAACUUGGUGCCCUAAAAGUGAAAAUGUAGAAUGUUAUUUCUUUGAAGCUGGUGUUGUUACUAAUGUAACUGCUGAAAUGAUUAAGAAAAAGACACAAGUGGAUCCUGUUCUUUCUUUAGUAUACAUACAAAGUGGUUGGCCCUCUGUAGUUGAUGCUGAUAUGAUUCCGUACAAAAACAGAAGUGAUCAACUAACUAUUCAUCAAGGAUGCAUCCUUUGGGGAGCUCGGGUUGUUGUUCCUCCAUCUCUUCGAAGUGCAAUGCUAACCGAAUUACAUGACACCCAUCCGGGCAUGACAUGA